GACGGCCGAGACAGAUAGUUGUGUUGCAGAGUUGUAUUUCCGGAUCCGGUUCAGACGGGGGCGCGGCCGGCCCAAUCCAUCAUCUCCAUCCGCCGCCGCCGAAGCAGCUAGGGUUUCGAUGGCGUCGGCCGACGGCGAGAAGAAGAUGAUCAUGCUCAAGAGCUCCGACGGCGAGGAGUUCGAGGUGGAGGAGGCGGUCGCCAUGGAGUCGCAAACCAUCCGCCACAUGAUCGAGGACGACUGCGCCGACAACGGCAUCCCGCUUCCCAACGUCAACUCCAAGAUCCUCUCCAAGGUCAUCGAGUACUGCAACAAGCACGUCCACGCCUCCGCCUCUUCCAAGCCCCAGGACAACAACGACACCGCCAACGCCUCCGGCGACGACCUCAAGAACUGGGACGCCGACUUCGUCAAGGUCGACCAGGCCACACUCUUCGACCUCAUCCUGGCAGCCAACUAUCUGAACAUCAAGGGAUUGCUGGACCUUACUUGCCAGACUGUUGCAGACAUGAUCAAGGGCAAGACUCCGGAGGAGAUCCGCAAGAUGUUCAACAUCAAGAAUGACUUCACCCCCGAGGAGGAAGAGGAGAUCCGCAGGGAGAACCAGUGGGCUUUUGAGUAGAGGAGCGAGCAUGGAAGCACUGAUGCUUAGAUUUCAUGAUGAUGUCUGCGAUGCAGUGCUAGUCACUCUUUUAUGUGGUGGUAAUGGUUGUAAUUACUUUUGGAGUUGGAGGUAAUAUUAAAUGAUGUGGUCUGAACCGAACCAAUUAUCCGAUCUGCAGUUGGUUGAUUAUCAACUGCGUCUCUUGUUCUUGUUAAGUGGAUGAUGCUUUGCCUCCCAA